AUGGGCAUCUUCAAGCGCAACUCGAAAAUCUCCGUCCAGAGUGACAGGGACGAGCAGGAGUCAUUUGUCUCUGUCAACAGUGCCCGCACUUCCAACACGUCGCUCCGAUCUCCCGGCUACAAGGGCAGUGGCUUGCCGGCGUCCAUCCCCGAGAUGCCCAUCGCUCGACCCCCCGACCCGGCACUGGACCCCGCCGCGUAUCUCCGAAGCAUUCACGCCGUGCGCGAGCGCGCUACCAUCGUCCUCAAUCAGGCCAAGCGUAACCAACUCCGCCAUUUUGACGUCGAUAUGUCGAAAUUUCAGGCCACGGCUUCGUAUGUCGUUUCAAUCAUUAAGCGAGAUCAUGCUCCAGAUUAUGAAAAUAUCCCCCCACAUGGCCGCUGGCAACAUUUCGAUGUGGGCGGCAGGCCGCGCAUCAAUCAGCUCCUGCAGUCCUGGCCCAGCACCAUUGAUCAACAAGAGCGCACGCGGCGCUUGAUCGACCUCUUCGUGGUAUCUGUCCUGCUCGAUGCAGGUGCGGGCACCAAGUGGUCGUAUAAAUCCAAGGAGUCCGGCAAGGUGUACUCGCGCAGCGAGGGUCUGGCCGUUGCCAGUCUCGAAAUGUUCAAGUCCGGAUUGUUCAGCAGUGAUCCCACCGAGCCAUGCCAGGUCGAUGGGGCCGGCCUGAAGAAAGUCACGAUCGAGAAGCUGGCCAAAGGGAUGCAACAUUCGGAACAAAAUCCACUCGCCGGCAUUGAGGGACGUGCGGGGUUGUUGGUGCGUUUGUCGGAAGCGCUAAACCAUCAGGACUUUUUCGGAGUCGAUGCUCGACCGGGUAACAUGCUAGACUAUCUUCUCUCCCACCCGUCAACACUCGCCUCAUCCGUCCCCAUCGUCCCAAUUACCACCCUCUGGACGGUUCUUAUGGAUGGUUUCUCAUCCAUUUGGCCUCCGUCGCGGACGCAGAUCGACGGUAUCUCUAUCGGCGACGCCUGGGAAUGCUCUGACUUGCCUCGAUCCCCGCCUGCGCAGCCUUGGGAAAGCAUCAUUCCUUUCCAUAAACUGACCCAGUGGCUUUGCUACUCAAUCAUGGUGCCCAUGUCCAAGUUAAUGCAGAUCCACUUUGCGGGCAGUGACCUGUUGACGGGGCUUCCGGAAUAUCGUAAUGGUGGUCUGUUGAUCGACAUGGGCUUGCUGAGCCUAAAACCGGACGAUACGGAACGCGGGCUCCAGGCUUUCAGGGAGAAUGCGCAGAUCAAGGGACAGCCUAAUAUGGAGGUGGUCCCCUUGUUCUCUACAGAUGACGACGUCAUUGUGGAAUGGCGCGCUGCCACGGUGGGCUUCUUGGACGACUUGCUUGACGAGGUGAACUCCCAGCUGGGACUGACCGACUCGGAAGAGCAAUUGACCUUGGCACAGAUGCUCGAAGCGGGAACAUGGAAGGGUGGUCGCGAAAUCGCCGAAGUGUCAAGGCCCAACACCAAAGAGCCACCCAUCAUGAUCCGUUCGGACGGGACGGUCUUCUAA